AUGGCGUUACAUUCGGAGGAAGAGAAAAAAGAGGAUUACCUUUUCAAGAUUGUUUUGAUUGGUGAUUCUGCAGUCGGUAAAUCCAAUUUGCUUGCUAGAUUUGCUAGAGAUGAAUUUUAUCCGAACUCAAAAUCGACAAUUGGAGUAGAAUUUCAGACCCAAAAGAUGGACAUCAACGGAAAGGAGGUUAAAGCACAGAUAUGGGAUACGGCUGGUCAAGAACGAUUUCGUGCAGUUACUUCUGCAUAUUACAGAGGUGCAGUUGGAGCUCUUCUGGUUUAUGAUAUCAGUAGGCGCCUGACUUUUGAUAGCAUUGGUCGGUGGCUUAAUGAACUUACAACUCAUUCCGACAUGAAUGUGGUGACAAUACUCGUUGGCAACAAAUCCGAUCUCAAAGAUGCUCGGGAGGUUACAACAGCAGAAGGCAAAGCCUUGGCUGAGGCAAAGGGACUAUUUUUCAUUGAAACUUCAGCUUUGGAUUCGUCGAAUGUAGCUUCCGCUUUUCAGACGGUUGUUAAGGAGAUCUAUAAUAUUCUAAGCAGGAAGGUUAUUCAAUCUCAAGAGCUCCAGAAAAAGGAUUCGGGGCGACUAGCAAAUGGUAAGACAGUGGUUUUGCAAGCUGAUGGAAACCAAGAAACAGAUUCAGAAAAAAAGAAAGGUGGAUGUUGUUCAUCUUAA